AUGCCCUCAGGCAAAACCUUCCCAGCAAUAACAGGAGGCUGUGUCUGCGGCACAGUGCGCUACCGACUCCUCACCUCGCCUCUCUUCUGCUAUGCCUGCCACUGCACCGACUGCCGUGCCUUUAGCGGCAGCGCAUUCGGCCUGUUCCUCAAGAUAGAAAUGUAUAAUGUCAAAGUCAUAUCGUCCACACUGCCAGCGUUUGUCAAGAUGAAUAAUCGGCGCGGGGACGUUGAAGUACAUGCGGAAUGCUCCACAUGUCGGGUGCACAUGUGGGUGACGAGCAACUUCCCUGGUGAAGAGGCUGUGUACGAUGUGAGGGUGGGUACACUGGAUUUCCCAGAUCUCAUGGUGCCCGAUCUGCAUAUUUUUGCCGAGAGUAAGCUGGGUUGGAUACGCUUGCCGGAUGAUGCACAUACGCUGCCCAGGGGAGGUGAUAUGCACAAGUUGUGGCCGAAGAGCAGCUUGGAGAGAUUGGAGCAGUGCAAUAGAUGGGCUGAUAGGGUGAAGAAGAGGAAGCGUGCUGCGUUGGUGGAGUCACAGGCGACUGCGAAGAGUACGGAAGAAGGAAGCGGAGAGGAAACUGGGGGAGAAGGAGAUAAGACACCUACCGCUCUCGAGUUCAGCAAUGAAGAUGACGAAGAGUUUGAGAAGAGGUUCAAAGAGAAGGAGAAGAUUUUGCUAGAGCGGCUAGAGAAACUCCAGCUCAAGUUGAAGGAGGAGGAAGUUACAGCGGGCGAGCAGAAAGCAGUGGAGUCUGCCGAAACAGAUGCAAAAUAA